ACGCAAACCUGGCCAGCAAAAUAAAAAUACAACAACAACGAAAAAAAAAAGAUACAAAGCCAGCGAAUUUUAACAAACGUAGCGCGCGCCUCCGCAAAUAAAAGAAAUAAAAUAGUAAUAAUAAAACGGCAACAAAAGAGUGAAAUUUCAAAUGAGUUUCAUUUGAAUUCAUUGUGUUCGUUCGGGCUCGGUUCACUGGCGGAAUACCUGAUCAUUAACAUGCAAAGUGCUUGGCCCACUCUGCGCAAAUAAAAGCUAUAAGCCGACAAUUUUGUAUUGUGUCUCGCAUACGAAACUACAUCCACACGUGUUUGGCAGCCCAUUGCGAAUUUAUUAAUAAUUACAAGGCCCUUGUCUUGGGGUUCAAUAAAAGCCUUUCGGACACAUCGAUCUUUGGUUUAUGAGAAAUUCUUCGGCAACAUGAACAAUCCUACGGCUCCUGGCCUGCUGCACAUGGAAAAGCCUUUGGCUGCUUUCUGUCAAUUUUUCUUGGAUUUAAUUGUGUUCACAAUUAAAUCUAUAUUUUAUAUAUCGGAAUCGCUUUAUUAUACAAUAUUGCCGCAGCGUUUUAGAAAGUUGAAGAACAUAUCGGGCCAGGUGGUGCUCAUAACUGGCGGGGGCGGCGGAGUUGGACGAUUGAUAGCCCUCAACUUUGCCAGACUGGAGGCGCGCAUUGUCAUCUGGGACAUCAAUCAAGAAGCCAUCAAGACGACAGUCGAUCUGCUGGCCAAGCAUGGUUUUAACAAUUGCAAGGGCUAUGUGGUGGACAUAUCGGAUCGUGAACAGAUCUAUCAGCGUGCGGCACAGGUCGUCGAGGAUGUCGGCCAUGUGGAUAUCUUGAUCAACAAUGCGGGCAUCGUGUGCUGCAAGCCCUUCUGGGAGCUGCACGAUCGCGUCAUCCAGAACACGUACAACAUCAACAUCAUUUCCCAUUACUGGACAGCGAAGGCCUUUCUGCCGCACAUGAUGCGACAGAAUCGUGGACACAUUGUGACCGUUGGCUCCGUAACAGGCAUGCUGGGCACCUACGGAUGCAGCGAUUAUGCGGCAACCAAGUACGCUUGCAUUGGCUUCCACGAAAGCCUGCUGACGGACCUGAAGGCGCACGGCUAUGACCAGAUACAGAUGAGCCUCGUUUGUCCCUAUUACAUCAACACGGGCAUGUUCUCGGGCGUGAAGCCGCGCCUGGUGCCCAUGCUGGAGCCCCAAUACGUGGCCGAUCGCAUCGAAGGCGCGGUGCGUCGCAACGAGGUCUGGUGCGUGCUGCCCAACUCUAUCCGCCUGCUGACGCCGCUUAAGUGCUUGCUGCCGGCCAAAAUGUGCUGGGAGCUGAUUUCGCGCGUCAUUCGCGGUCCCGAGUCCAUGAUGAUGUUCCAGGGUCGCGGACGCGUCGCCGCCGGCUAGCAAUAUAUAAAAGAGUUCCAAUUUUAGACUUAAGCUUAAAUUUAUAUUCAUAUUAAA